AGAGUUGCUAACUCCCACAACGAAAAUCAAGCUGUUGUUAAGAUUUGGCAAAGGUUGGAUGAAAGAUAUGGGGCACCAGAAAGUAUAGAAGCAGCACUUAAAGAUCGACUUGAUAAAUUCAAUAAAAUCAACAAUACAGAAUAUGACAAACUUUAUGAAUUAUAUGACUUAUUGGCUGAGGUAGAAUCAAUUAAAGAAAAUGAUAUAUACAGGACAGUCCUAUCAUUCUAUGAUUCAUCGUAUGGGGUGAAUGCAAUCGUAGGGAAAUUGCCAAACUUUAUUCAAACAAAAUGGAUGGAUCGUGCUAGUAGGUACAAAACACAACAUUCUGUGAUGUAUCCGCCUUUUUCAACGUUUGUAGAAUUCUUACACAGCAUGGCAGUGCGAAUGAAUGACCCUAGCCUCAAAAUCCAACAAUCAGAUAGUGGACGAGACAAAAAAGUGGAACGGAAAUAUGCUGGAAAAAGGACUCCUGGUCAGACUGUUUUGAAAACAACUAUUGAAAAACAAAACACUUCGGCUAAUCUGAACUUUAAAUGUAUUAUUCAUGAAAAUGGCAAACACAACCUUGCUGACUGUAAAGUAUUUGUUGAGAAACCGUUAGAAGAAAAAAGACAAUUAAUACGGAAAAAUGGGAUUUGUUUCAAAUGCCUAAAUGGGAAGCAUCUAGCUAAAGAUUGCAAAGCUAACAUCAAGUGUGAGAAAUGUGGAAAAACGGCACACUGUACAGCCUUUCACUUUGAACGUGAAACCCUACAAAAUAAUGGCGGGGAAAGACAAAUUGACAAUAUACCGCAAGACCAAGUAAGCACAAAAUGUACUGAAAUUUGUAAGGACUCGGGAGAAACUACUUUCCAAGGAAAGUCUUGUGCAAAGACAUUACUAGUCAAGGUGUAUCCGGAAGGCAAACCAGAAGUCAGUGUUACUACUUAUGCGAUCAUUGAUGAUCAGAGUAAUAGGUCUUUAGCCUGUUCAACAUUUAUAGAUUAUUUCAAUGAAACCACAGAGCCAGUUGAAUACACACUAGCAUCUUGCUCGGGAAAAACUGUUCAACAUGGUCGUCGUACUACAGGGUACAUACUAGAAUCUUUGGAUGGCACUACACAGCUGAAGUGUCCAUCUCUGAUUGAAUGCAAUGAAAUUCCGAUCUCAAAGCGAGAGAUAGCUACUCCUGCCAUAGCUAGGCACUACAAACAUCUACAGGAUAUAGAACAGUUCAUACCAGAACUUGAUGGGAAUGCCGAAGUUAUGCUUCUAAUAGGACGGGAUGUGACCGCUGCUCAUCACAUUUUAGAUCAAAGAAUUGGCAAGGACAACGAACCGUAUGCACAACGUCUUCGUCUAGGAUGGGCAAUAAUUGGCGAAACAUGCUUAGGUUUAGUGCACGCAUCAGAUACAAUCACAGUUAACAAAACAACAGUUCUUCCAAACGGCAGAGAGACAAAUCUCAAACCAUGUGAAUAUGGUUUCAGAGUGAAAGACAAUGAACCAGAUAUUGGUAGUACUGUUUUCAAACAAACUAGAGAAGAUGAUACUUUAGGAUUAUCUCAAGAGGACAAAGAAUUUCUAAUCGUUAUGGAUAAAGAAUUUCACACGUCAGAAAAUGGUCGUUUAUCGGCACCUUUACCGUUUCGGAGAGAUAGACCAAAACUUCAAAACAACUAUCAUCAGGCAAGACAAAGAGCAGAGAAUCUUAGUAGAAGCUUCAAACGAGACUCCACUAAACAACAGCAUUUUGUAGAAUUUAUGAAAAAGAUAUUUGUAAAUAAUCACGCAGAAGCAGUCACUCCGGCUAGAAAGGGAGAGGAAGUUUGGUAUCUCCCAAUCUUUGGAGUUUAUCACGCAAAGAAACAAUCAAAAAUCAGAGUAGUAUUCGACUCAGCGGCUAAAUAUAAUGGGCUUUGUCUGAAUGAUAUUCUAAUGAAGGGACCAGACUUAACAAACAACUUGGUUGGUGUACUAUUGAAGUUUAGGAAGGGUAAAGUUGCCGCAAUUGCAGAUGUUGAACAAAUGUUUUUCAGUUUUGAGGUUAAUGAAGAACACAGGAACUACUUAAGAUUUGUAUGGUUUAAGGACAACACUGUAACAGAACCACUGACUGAAUAUCGAAUGAAAGUUCACGUUUUUGGGAAUUCACCUUCCCCAGCUGUAGCUAAUUAUGGUUUACGCAAAGCUGUUUGCGAUCACACAGAUUUAGACACAUGUGAUGAUGUAUGUCAUUAUGUAAACAACAAUUUUUAUGUAGAUGAUGGUUUAGUGUCAGGCGACAGCCCUGAAGAAAUUGUAAGUCUCAUCAAAAGGACUCAAGAAAGAUUAAUAACAGGAGGUAAAAUUAGACUGCAUAAGAUAGUUUCGAAUAAUAGUGAGGUAGUCAAGAGUUUUGAAACAAAGGAUUUAGCUGAAAGCAUUACCAAGAUUGACUUUAAUUCAGAGUCUACAUGUCUACAGAGAAGUUUAGGUUUAUGUUGGAAUGUUGUAAAAGACAUUUUCACCUAUCAGUUAUCUAAAGAGGAGAAACCCUUUACAAAAAGAGGGCUGCUAUCAGUAAUUAAUGGAAUAUUUGAUCCAUUAGGGUUCAUAGCUCCUGUAAUCCUUGGCGGAAGGUUAAUUAUGAGAGAAGCAGUACAAAACAAUUCAUUAGAUUGGGAUGAUCCGUUACCUGAUAAUUUACUCUCUUACUGGCAGAGAUGGAAACAGUCCUUACAGGAUCUUGAAACAUUAGAGAUAGGGAGGCCUUUCACUAGUCAAUCAUUGAACGACAGUACUGAAUGUGAAUUACACAUCUUCUCGGACGCAUCAAAGGAGGCGAUUUCGUCUGUUGCCUAUAUCCGUACAUUUGACAAGAAAGGAGAUUCAGAACUAGGUUUUUUAGUAGGAAAGUCCAAACUGGCUCCGUGUCAUGGACAUACCAUACCGAGGCUGGAAUUAUGUGGAGCUGUUCUGUCAACUGAGUUAGCUACAUUCAUUCAGAAUGAACUGAAAUUGCCAUUAAGUUCCACACACUUUUAUACCGAUAGUCAGGUAGUACUAGGGUAUAUAUACAAUGAGAAAAGACGGUUUUAUGUGUAUGUCAGCAACCGUGUUAGCAAAAUUUUGAAAGGUUCUGUGAAAUCACAAUGGAGCUAUGUACCAACAGAGUUAAAUCCUGCUGAUCAUGGCACAAGGCAAUUAGAAGCAAAAAAUGUAGGAGACUCAAAGUGGUUAUUAGGACCAAAAUCAUAUAUAGAUACUCUUCACAAAUCCGAAUGCACUUCAUUUGAUAUUGUGUCGCCUGAUGAAGACCAGGAAGUUUGUCCUACAGCAGUAGAGUCUAUGAAAACAUUGAUAUCACCUAUUCAAACCUUGGGAGUUGAUCGGUUUGAGAGAUUCUCAAAAUGGUCAAGUUUAGUAAGAGCUAUAUCUUUGUUGAAAAGAAAGAUUGUGUCUAGUUAUAGGAGUAAAGUAGAUACUAAGGAUACAAGGACUUGUGUAGAUAUCAGAAAAGAGGCUGAAACACUUGUUUUGAAACUCAGUUACAGUAUUAUUCUAAUGAAAUAGAUUGUUUAAAGAGUGGUAAACAGUUGCCGAAAAACAGCAAUAUUAUUGCACUUUCUCCAAUACUUGAUUCAGAAGGACUGUUAAGAUUAGGCGGAAGACUAAAACAUUCUAAAUUAGAAACUGGAGAAAAGAUGCCUCUAAUCAUACCAGGUGGAAGCCAUAUUGCUUCAUUGUUAAUAACACACUUUCAUGAGUCAGUGCACCAUCAGGGACGCCAUUACACAGAAGGUGCUGUACGCUCAAAUGGUUUCUGGAUAACUGGAGGAAAACGCCUUAUUAAUUCUAUUUUGCACAAGUGCGUACAAUGUAGGAAACUAAGAGGAAAAGUAGAACACCAGAAAAUGGCAGAUCUGCCAUCAGAUCGUCUUACACCGAGUCCUCCGUUUUCAUACGUGGGUGUUGAUACAUUUGGACCAUGGUCUGUAGCCACAAGGCGAACACGUGGAGGUGCCGCUAAUUCUAAACGAUGGGCAAUAAUGUUUUCAUGCCUUGUUACUCGUGCCAUCCACAUUGAGGUCAUAGAGGAAAUGACUUCAUCCUCAUUCAUUAAUGCUUUGCGUCGAUUUACAGCAAUAAGAGGACCCGUAAGAGAAUUUAGAUCUGAUCAAGGUACCAACUUUGUAGGAGCAGUAAAUGAAUUGUCACUACUAUAUAAUGAUGAAAAUAUUCAGGGAUAUCUGUCUAAAAAACAAAUUGUAUGGACAUUCAAUCCACCCCAUGCCUCACACAUGAACGGUGCAUGGGAACGCAUGAUUGGACUAGCAAGAAGAAUUCUCGAUUCAAUGCUAACAGAUAUUCAAGGAAAGCAACUCACUCAUGAAGUUUUAUGCACAUUAAUGACAGAAGUUUGUUGUAUCGUCAAUAGUAGACCAAUAAUUGCUGUGUCAAAUGAUCCAGAAUCACCUUCUAUUUUGUCACCAAACACUCUAUUAACACAAAAAAUUAAUAGUGACAUAGAACCGUACCAUUUCAAUUUUUCUGUGAAAGAUAUGUACAAAUCACAGUGGAAGCAUGUGCAAAUUUUAGCAAAUCAAUUUUGGAAGCAAUGGAACAUACAAUACUUACAAAACCUUCAAACUAGAUCAAAAUGGCCAAGUGAAAAUCGAAACUUACAAAUUGGUGAUUUUGUGCUCAUGAUUGACGUUAGUUUACCACGCAAUCAAUGGCCAACCGGAAUCAUUGAUGAAGUAUUUCCUAGUAAAGAUGGAUUAGUUCGAAAAGUAUCAGUGCGUGUGAUAAAGAACGGGGAACCAGUAACUUAUAGCCGUCCAGUAACACAGCUGGUACAUUUGAUGUCGGAUUAAAUUUAUAUUUAGAUAUGACAAUUGCAUUAUAAGGGUUAAUUUGAGUGCUUUGAUUUAUUCAUCUUAAAAGUUUGUUAAAACAUGCCUUUAUUGAUUAAUUUUUUAAAUUUUUAAGGAUUAUUUUUUGAAAGAAGUGAUUUUACUUGUAGGUAAAAUCAGGCGGGGAAUGUUCUGUCACAUUUAUUUAUAGAGUUAUCUUCCUUUACCCACAUUUCAUUUUUGGUUAAUUUUCGGUAUGUUUCACUUCCCUAGAUUACAUGUAUCGAUAAGGGCCGAGAGAGAUAGAAAGAAAAAUGGCACAUGGCCCGCAAACGCAUUUUGGUAUUAUUAUUCAAUAUUUGGAAUCUAGUGGUCCCCCACAGACUUUUUACCUUCUCCUGGGAAGUUUGUAGUGAAUAAAAGAAAUACAAGAAACAUUUGUUAGUUAUUAGGCAUUACA